AAUUCAAUUAAGGACCUGCUCCAAUAACUACUAAUCACUCGUUCUCAAAAGCACGUAAUACAAUAAAUGUAAUUAUAGAAAAAUGUUUAAUAACAAAAUUUGCUUUAUUUUGGCGACAAUAUCGUUUGUUGUUGGCGACAUUGAGUUUAUGGACUGCGGUUCCGAUGUCUUUGUCGAUCAUGUUGAAAUAGACGGAUGCGUAGAAUCACCAUGUCCAAUUGUUAGAGGUAAAACCUAUGACGUUUAUAUUACGCCUGUCCAUUUAGACCCCAGAGUGGACAGCAUCGAAGUCGAAACGUACAUACAAGUAUGGGGCGCUUACUUCUUGCUACAGUCGGCUUGUACCAAUCCUUGCGGCACCGCUUGCCCUUUAAGGCAGCCAGUGGACAUGCCUCGCUUAAAAUUUACAAUUGAAUUUCCUAGGACCUUGCACCGCAACCCUGCGGAACUUCAUAUAGUCGCCAAACUCAAAAAUAGGAUCCGAAUCACUAGCGAAAUAUGCGUUAGUGUUGGUGUUGAAUUGUUUUAAAUCAGGAAAAUAUAAAACUAAAGCGACUUACUUAACUAUUUAUACCUACUUAAUUUAGGAUUAAGGCUUAUUAUAAAAUUUUAUAUUCCCAUAUUCAAGAAUAAUACUUUUAUUUUUUCCUACCUGUACUUCUGUUGCUCAUAUUAUACCAUCUCUUAUCUUUAUAUGAUUA